CACCGAUCUGAUAAGUCUGCCCGCCCUUCUGCUUCAGCCCACGCAAUUUCUCUCUCUCCAUUUUCAAAUGCCUCUUCACAUCAGAUUCUUUGGAACUUCUCUCUUCUUUGAUCUUCCAUGAUCAUUUUCCCCUAUUCCUUCGCAUUCCCAAUUCUUAACAACUUACCUACCGCUCCAAAUUGAGAUUUCGAGACUGUUUCUUACUUUUUGCCUCCAAUCCACAAUACCCACAUUUUGUUUUCUUCAUUUCGCUGCUUUCCCAUGGGAUUUCUGUAAGCAAUGGCCGCCUGCUGCAGAGGAUUUCCGACCCAUUUCUAUUUCGAUAGGCGGGUCGAGUCGGUUCUGUUGCGUGGCCAUGGGGGGGCCGAGCUGAGAAGGAGGACAUGGGGGAGGAUUCUGUUUGGGAUUAGUCGAGUUGGGUUUAGUCCUAUUCGUUGCUGCUGUUCUGAUUCUAUGGUUCCGAUACGUAGAAUUACUGGGUCUGGGAAGAGCGUAGAGAAGCAAGAAGAUUGGCGUUUCGAUGCCAAAAAAGCACCUCGUAAACUCUGUAUCCAAGCCACUCCUGCAAUGCCCUUUGCUUCCCCUCAAUCUCGGUUUAUUUCCAAGCCAGAAAUACUCCCUCGCUGCACCCCAAGGGGCUCUGGUCCACAAUCACGUGAUUCUCCGCCAAAAAGAGACACUGGCAUUGCAAAUGAGAAGGACUGGGGAAUCAACUUGUUGAAUGAAAAUGUUAACGAGUCGGGCACAAAUGAAGAUGGCAGUACUUGGUAUAGGGAAAGUGGGGAGGACCUUGGAGAUAAUGGAUACCGAUGUAGGUGGACUAGGAUGGGCGGUCAAUCUCAUGAUGGUUACUCAGAAUGGAAAGAAACGUGGUGGGAGAAAAGUGACUGGACUGGAUACAAAGAGCUAGGAGUGGAAAAAUCGGGCAAAAACGUUGAAGGUGAUUCGUGGUGGGAAACAUGGCAAGAAGUUCUUCAUCAAGACGAAUGGAGUAAUCUUGCAAGGAUUGAGAGGAGUGCACAGAAACGAGCAAAAUCUGGCACUGAAAAUGCUGGAUGGCAUGAGAAAUGGUGGGAGAAAUACGACGCCAAAGGUUGGACCGAAAAAGGAGCACAUAAAUAUGGUAGAUUGAAUGAACAAUCAUGGUGGGAAAAGUGGGGAGAGCAUUACGACGGAAGAGGAUCCGUUCUUAAAUGGACGGAUAAAUGGGCUGAAACUGAACUAGGCACCAAAUGGGGAGACAAGUGGGAAGAGAAGUUCUUCUCUGGAAUCGGUUCUCGACAAGGGGAGACAUGGCACGUAUCUCCUAGUAGCGAACUGGAACUAACUGGCUUCCCGUCACAUGUACAAGGUUGGUCAAGAACAUGGGGUGAAGAACACUUCGGGAAUGGUAAAGUGCACAAAUAUGGGAAGAGCACGACAGGGGAAAGUUGGGAUAUUGUUGUGGAUGAAGAGACAUACUAUGAGGCCGAGCCUCACUACGGAUGGGCGGAUGUAGUUGGCGACUCGAGUCAGUUGCUGUCGAUACAAGCUCGAGAGAGGCCACCUGGUGUCUACCCGAAUCUCGACUUUGGAUCGUCCCCUCCUGCUCCGACUGAGGAACCACCCCAAGAACUGCCUCCUCCACAAUGAAGAUUUGGUGAUUUCUAGUCUCUUGGUCUCUUUAGUCGCUUAGGAAUUCAUUUAGAUUGGAAAUAUGUGAUUUCGGUUGGUAAUCGUGAAGAAUUAUGUUUAUUCAUUCUUUAACGUUAUCAAUUUCUCGAGUUUCAUGUUCACGA